AUGUCGGCUUCUCGAUUUGAGAAGGAUGCCAGUGCCGGAUCCGAAACUUCUCCAGACAACGGUGCCAGCGUCCGUGCCCAUGCCAGUGGUAGCGGUCAAGGAACCAUAGACGUGCCCGCGUCCGACAAGCCACAGGCCGUCGAAUUUCACAAGGACAUCCGGUUCUGGGCCAUCUUCAUCGCCCUCGGAUUUGCGGGUCUGCUUACCGCCCUCGAGGCCACAAUCACGUCGACUGCUCUGCCGUCCAUUAUCAAUGACCUAAACGGGGCAGAGCAGUACAUCUGGGCCAAUAAUGGCUACUUCCUAGCCAUGACAUCGCUGCAGCCACUCUAUGGCCAGCUCUCCAACGUCUUUGGCCGCCGGUGGCCCACCAUCCUCGCCACCGCCGCCUUCACCCUGGGCAGCGGAAUAUGCGGUGGUGCCAACAGCAUAGGCAUGCUCAUAGCUGGUCGUACUGUCCAGGGCAUCGGCGCUGGCGGAAUCAACGUGCUGAUUGAGAUUAUCGUUUGCGAUCUAGUCCCUUUGCGCCAACGUGGUCAGUACCUUGCUAUGAUGUUCGGCCUCGUCGCUCUUGGUACCGCAUUGGGCCCUUUCUUUGGGGGCCUGAUUGUCCAGUACAGCACCUGGCGUUGGGUCUUUUACCUCAACCUCCCUGUCGGCGCGGCCGCAGGGGGCAGUAUCAUGUCCAAGACAGGCCGGUACCGCCCUAUCCACCACAUAGGCUACGCCCUACUUACUGUCGGUUUCGGCUUGUUUACGCUUCUAAAUGAGGGUUCCAGCACGGGCAACUGGGUAUGCUUCCAGAUUGUCAAUUCGGCCGGCGCCGGGCUUAUUAUCCCAACGCUUCUUCCUGCUGUGCUGGCAUCAUUAACAGAUGCCGAUACCGCCCUGGCCACGGCUACCUGGGCCUUCUUGCGCAGCUUUGGCCUGACCUGGGGCACCGCAAUUCCGGCCGCUAUUUUUAAUAAUCGUGUCGAAGAGAUCGCCGCCCGUAUUGUCGACCCCUCGGUACGGCAUGAUGUCACCGGCGGGCGAGCGUACGAGCAUGCGGUCAGGGUCUAUGUAAAUGCCCUUCACCCGGAGACCAGAUCCCAGUUCAUCGGCGUGCUUGUGGAUGGCCUGAAGCGCACCUGGCAAGUUAGUAUCGCCCUUUCUGCACUCGGCUUCUUGCUCGUCGUGUUACAGAAGGAGGUCCCUUUGCGGGAAGAGUUAGACACGGAAUUCGGGAUGAAGGAUAAGAAACAGACGCCUGACGCUGAGGCUGUAGGCUAG